UCUCACCUGCUUCACCUUCUCAACAUCUCUCAACAUCUUCUCAACCGUCCAGCGACGAUGUGGAUGCAGGUUACACUGCUGCUCAUCUGCAUGAUCUCCUCAGGAGCAUGUUCACUGAAAUGUUAUCCAGCUGUCGAUUUCGAUUACGACACGUAUAAUUACAUAUACGCCAACUGCACUGAUACGUGUGCCAGAACAACCACUUCUGUGGACAUCUAUCUUGUAAGUGGUGUAUCCGGUUUAACGCUCAUGGCAACGGAUGAUAUCAUGGAUUGUGGAGCACCGGAUACGUGUGUAAACGCCAGUAUGAAUAUCGGUGUGGUGAAAAUCGCCAACAAUACCAAAUGCUGCAAGACUAAUCUCUGCAACAACGAAACCCUGCCAGCUAUGCCACAGCAGUCCAUCAACGGGAGAAAGUGUUACACCUGUAAUGAUGUCGACUGCUUUCAGACUCUGUAUUGUGAGGGAGCAGAAGAUCGCUGCAUCACUGCAACAGUUGCUCAAGGAUCCAACAUAAUGAGGAUGAAAGGAUGCACAACCAAUAACAUCUGCAACACGACUUUCUUCAGAGCUCAUGGACUCAUCUUAACAGAUGUGGAGUGUUGUGAGGGGAACUUCUGUAACAGUGCUGAGAUCUUCACACUGAGUUUCCUCCUCAUGUUCGUCCCUCUGCUCGCCUCUGUCCUCUUCUAGUGAGAAACCUUUCAUGUGGCUAUAUUAUGACAAGAUAGAUAGAUAGAUAGAUAGAUAGAUAGAUAGAUAGAUAGAUCUGUAGAUCUUUCUUUUCUCUUUAACAUGUUACUCAACCAGACUUAAACAUAAGUAGUAAUAUCUCCACUGAUGGAGUAAUACCUGUUAUUGGCAAAAUGUAAAAAACUGUUUCAUCAACUGUCUCUGAUGUAAAAGUCGCUCAUCAUCAUCAUCCUCAUCAUCAUCUGUAGACUUCGUUGAUCUCUGUUCAUGCUGUUCAGCAUCGGUAUGGAAACCAAUUUCCUGUACUUUACUUAUCAGCUCAUUUAGCUCUGAAACAUGGCGUCUGUACACAGUGUGUAAGCUCUCUUCUCUGUUUUGAUGCUGAUGUGAAGUUGCCAUUUGUUUAAUUCAUUAGUUAAUGUCAACUACAUUGAUUUUAGUUUGUACCUCUCUGUUUGUUUGCAUAAAGAGCUUCACAAGCAAAGACUUAAAAAUCUUAAUGCUGGUCAGGUGAAAUCUGUUUUCUUAAACAAGACACGUCACAAAUAGUACUGAGGUUUUCAUCAUGUUUACAGAACUCAGGAUCGUAAUUACAUUUAUAGCAUUUGGCAAAGGCACUUAUCCAGGGCAACUUACAUUUUUAUGUCAUUUUUAUACAACUGAGAAAUUAAGCAUUAACUCUGCCUGCUCAAGGGUCCAGCAAUGGACACUUGGUCCCUGGGAGAAAAUUGGGCACAAAAAUCUAAACUUAUAUACCCAAUAUAUCGUCGCCGUCAGACGGAAUCCUCGUAUCUCCAAAACCGUUAUUUUUCAGGAAAUUAAAAAAACGCCGUACCUUAUCUGCAGUACACAGGGUUUAGUCCGCGUUGCAGUGGAUUGUCUUGCGCUAAAUUCCUGUCCUCAGACGAGCACCAGAACUAGCAGGGGUCGAGAUUUUUUUUUCUUUGAGCCCAGUGUUUUGAAGACAUUUACCUCAGAAGACGUGCUGAUUCGUUGCGACUCUUCUUGAGGAGAAAUAUGCCGUGAAGCUCUCCCGCGGAGUGAGGAAGAGGUGGACAGUUGAAGUGUCCAAUGGAGUUUUGGAUUUGUGCUGAAGCUAUUUUCAAGGCUUGAGCACUUGAAAGCGCUUGAGCGCUUGAGCACUUAUUUUCUAUUAUCACCAAUUAUUUAGAUUGGUUAAUAACUUGUAAAAAUAACAGACCCACGUGGGGACUGACCAAUAGCUUCGAUAUGUGAAAAAAUAUGAAAUUGACCAAAUUUGGACAUACGAGGUUUCCGCCCGACAGCGACGAUAUGUAAAAAAUAUAAAUAAAACUAGGAUUUAAAUAACUAUACCGGUAAAGAUGUAUUAUUGCACAGUGAGAUAUGUUGUUGUACAGAGAAAUGAUACAUUAUAUAUUAUAUAAGUCCAUUGGACACCUUGGUUAAAUAAUUCUGCAGCUAAACGUACUCCUACAUAAUUAAAUCCUUAAUAUAUAAAUGCUACAUAAGUUUUUCUGUUAGUCACCAGAUUCCUUUAUCUGUCACUUCGCUAUGUUUUAUCUUUUCUUUCUCUUCUGUUCUACAAGAUUAAUGACGUUUUUUUCUUGAUCAGACAUUUAAAACUUAACAAAACCAAGAAAAUAAACUGAGACUUUGGAGACAAAGUG